CGUCAUAACUCAUAACCAACGACGAGUGCAGCGCAUUCUUCGGACCUCUAUCCCUGACAUCGUUCUUUGCUGCGACACGAUGACGACGGCACUAAUAGCGUUUGCUUCGGAGACUCUGGUGGUCCCCUCACCGCAUCGUCGAACAGGACGGCUCUCGGACCCAACUCGGAAUCGUCAGCUUCGGUGCCGAAUUCUGCGAAUUAGGAAUCCCUAUCGGAUACACUAGAAUCACAAAUGAACUGGCUGGAGCAGAACGCUGGCGUCACCAUCCGCCCUUAAAUAAGACGGAAAAUUAAGUGCAAAGAGCUUGUAGAGAAUAUCGCACAAAAUAAAAAUGUCUUUUAUAUUAAUAAGAAAUUAUAUAUUUAAAAAAUAGGAUUAUAGACUGGAAAAUGAACAGCACAUUUUUAGUUUAUGUCCUGCCAAAAAUUAAUAAAAAUUAUCAUAUUUGAGAAAAAUACUGACGUUCUAGUAUCAACUAUCAGAAAGAGAAACAAAUAUUCUUCAUUGAGCGAGAUAAAGAUAAUUUUUGCUUUGAGGAGAUGACCUCUGAUUUCCAUAAUUGUUUUUAUAUUACCUCAUCGCUUCUACACCGUUCGUGCGCGAGACUAAAAUACGUUUGGAUUGGCCGGUAAAAUUGCGAUAACACGAAAUGCACCAUUAUUCUAGGGCGUGGAAGGCUCCGGUAAAUCAAAUCCCUCGAACGCCGGAAUGAAGACGGUCAUCGCCUUGUCUCUCGUCCUUGCCGUUGCGGCUCAGGCCUACAGAAACGGCAACAGCCGUCCACUAUUCCAGGCAGUGAUCGUGAUUCACCCCAACCUCCAGUAUGCUGUCUGUGGUGGAUCCCUCAUUAAACAGGACAAAGUGCUGACUGCUGCUCAUUGUUGCCUCGGAGGGAAAUCUUUCGUGGUCUACCUUGGCACUAACAACCGUGACGAUUCCGAGCUCACCCAGAAGGUCUUCAGGUCGAAAAGAUCUACAAUCCACGAACGUUACAACGAAUCAAGUAAAGUGAACGACUUAUGCAUCAUUCACCUGGACGAAGAGGCUCGCGGCCAGGACAUCACCACCAUCCGGCUGCCGUCUCGUUCUCAGGUCGCAGUGACCUUCGAAAGACAGAAAGCUCUCGUUUCCGGCUGGGAAUUAACCUUGAAAGAUGAAAAUACUAAGAAAGCUAAGAUGAUGCAAGCGGAAGUCACCAUCGUCCAAAAUGACGUAUGCAAGAAGAUUUUUCCACAAUUUACCGCCGAGAUGCUUUGCGCCUCCGCCAGCAGCAGAAAUGAAAGCUAUGGAGACUUCGCCGGUCCGCUUACCAUCUUUGAAUCUGACGGAAAGGAGACCCAAAUUGGACUCGCAAGCUACGGGCCUAUACCUGAGCAAGGAUUGUGUCUUCCUGAUGUCUACGUCAGACUCACCGAAUACCUCGACUGGAUCGAAAAGUGGACUGGAGUCGAGAUCCGUCCUUAAAACUGUAGGUGUGUCGAGGACCGUUCAAU